AGGGAAACGCACAGGACAACAGCCGUGGCCUCCUCUCUGUCAAGAUCUGGCACUGCGUUUCUCUGAUAUUGUUUCAUACUGAUUAUCUAGAUUCCAGGUCGGUUUGGCUGGUGUUUUAGAGUUGGGAGGUGAGGCGCUUACUAUAGCGAGAAAGUUAUAGGAGAUGCUUGCUCAUCAUGUGUUUUCAUUUGUCAACUGAAUACCAACAGAAUUCCAUAUAUAGCAUCAGAAGCAUACCCAUUCGUUACUUCUAAACCUGCAGGAUGGACAUGAACGGCACGCACUUCCAGCACCUCAACAGCUUGAAGACGUUCUGCGAUUUCCUGACGGCCUCCAUCGGCCAGGACCCGAUCCUUGGUUUUCAGCAGCUUGCGGACCUUCGUACGAUGUUGGCCGCGAACGAGCCGGCGCCCUCUUUGCUCUUGAAGAUUUUCGACCAUGAAACGACUGAGGCCGUGCUUUUCUUUACUUUUAGACUUCUUCGAAAGUGUAUCAAAAUGGACUGAAGAAAAUGCAUGACCGUCGUGUCUGGAAGUUUGAAGAUGAGUCUAAGAUGAUGACAGUUCGCGCUUACUCUAGUUGCAGUAUCGAUUUUCACUCAUAUAAUUUCUCUGAACUUUCUCAGAUGCUUGAGGCCGGGACCCAGGGCAUUCGCGGGAGCCGCCUCAAAGACACUCAGGCGCAAAUGGGCACGGGAGAUGUCAUUUGCCAGCUGGCGCCUCUGGAAAUGCGCGAGACCAUGUUGGCCGGUGGCAUUUCGCUGCUUGUGGAGCUGUUGCGCAUCUGUGUGACAGUUCUAUUCAAUGGCGACAUGAAGCGCAGCCCGUGCCUCAUCGUCCACGGCCAAGUGAUCCAGUACUUCACCUUCUUCGCGCAGCACAUGAGCCUGCAGAUCACGGACCCGCGCUUUCUUGGAUUGAGCUACGUACUUGGUCACCCUCGUCUUGCUGCCUGGUGGAUUCAGGGUAGCUUCUGGAACCUAUCGCUUUGCUUGUGUUGGAGAGAAACUAUUCCAUGAACUGUUCCUCGUAUAUUUGCUACUGAGUUUUUGAUCUACUGUGGAUUUAUCAUCUAUCAAAAUGAUUCGGUUUGCUCUGUCGAGGGUUUUGGUCUUGUUGUUCCAGGACUGUUUUCCCGUUUAUUCCUCUGUGAGUAGAUUAUCUUGUCACCCUCACGCUUCAACAGUGACAGAGUCGCUACUUCAGACGCGAAGUCGAGCUGCGCAUGGCAAGCGGUGCGCUCAAGCGCACGUGUUGUCGUUGGCAGACAAGGCGCACGACUUGGGCAUGAAGUUACUCACGGAGAACCUGUACGCCUUGGCCACGGCCUUGGAGACUCGUCGCAGCGAUGCACUCCAGCAGUGCCUGGACUACUUUGCCAACUUCGCAGAGGAGCAAGCUGUCAUGUACCACACCGCUUACCGCAUCGUCUGGACUUGUAUGCAGGUCGCUAUGGGCCGUGUCCUUGACAAGGGUGAACACCAGGCGAAGAUGGCGGACGAGUACACCGACUGGACUGGUUUGGAUGGUGUUCCUGAUGAUUUGGCUGCUGCCAUGCGCAAGCUCUUCUCCUCGUUCGUGCACUGGGCCAUGUAUGACGCCAUCGCCCGCUUGAGCGAUUUCCUGGAAAACGGUGCUAGAGUUUGUUUAUAUUUUUUGUAUGUGGCAGUCAAGAGCAUGUAGCUUCUUGAUCAAGAUUCUGUGACUUUCGGACUCUACUGGUUUCCGCAUGUUUUAGAUAUAUUUAGAUGCAAAAAAGUGCUCAGAGUUGAUGUAGCUGAGGGAUUAGCACCGGCGUCAAGCUUUCUUCUUAUCUUUUUCAUCUAUCACCUUACGCAGAUGACCUGAAUGGCGCCAAAAGCGAACUCGAAGAGAUGCCGGAUGAUUGGCAUUCUGUGGAUGUUGGUGUACAGCACAAGCUUGCCGAGCGCAUUCGCGAAAAAGAAGAGGCCUUGCGCCCCAACAUGCAGGACGGUGCACCACCUGCGCCAUUCAUAGGACACGGCGCGGAGCACUACCUCAACCUCCUCCAGCAAAACCGUAGCGCGGCCAUUAUGAACGUCGACGCGGGACAGCCGCAAGCUGCUGGCGCUGGUGUCGCAGGUGAUGCAGAGGAGGGAGAUGCGCAACAGGGUGAUGAGGAUCAAAAUAUGGAGGAGUAAGAAACGACGUCUGUUCUUUGUCUUUAGAGGUGCAAGGUGACAAAUCAGAUAAGGAAUUGGUUACUAGAGGAGGCUAACCAUCUCGAUAGAGUACUGGGCUAUAAAAGCCUAACUAGAUGGUCGAAGCUUCUCUUCCUGAAAGGGAGGCAAAGACUAUCCAUGCCUGGCUUGCCGGGGUGUGCAGCAUCUAACGAAGUAAUUCGUUAGAUUUUUGAAGAAGUAUACUCAUCAUGAUUUUGAAAAUAAAGAGAAUGAUAAAUAAUUAUUAAAAGGCAAGCGGCCGACCACAACCAUCUUGCUCCCCUUCGGGGGUUUUCGUUUUGACAACCUAAAAGAAGUAGCCCCAGCGAUAUAAGUAGGACUACUUCUAAUGUAUUACGAUCUACACACGACAAGGUCUUGAAUCAAUGAAGUAGAUGACUGGGGAGGCAAUCACAUUUCGCGCCGUCUGUGUCGUGGUUUUACCGCGGCGCAGUCGGUUGUUUUGAAUUUACAUCAGAACGGGGACUCGGUUCAUACCGAGCCACCCAGCUAGAAAGAUUGUCUACAUGAAUACGAUGGGAUAGCUAAACAUCUAGAUGAUAGCUUCUUCGCUUCAGGGGAGUCAAGUAGUCUAGAUGUAAGCACUUCUGCUAAAGUGAGGACCUAGAUAGAAAUCCAUCUUGCGAAGAUGUUGAUACAGACGGAAUUGAGUACUUAAAGAAGAGGGGGAAAAGAGUCCAGCAGACAACGCGCCGAACUAGUUUGGGCAGUGCUGCAGUAUCUAACUUGGGUGUAAGUUCUAAGUAAAUGUAUAGCCAUUGUGUUAAAUGUAUUGGCGAUUAUCUCAUGGUGAAAACUAGAAGAGAUCUAGAGUAAGAAAAUGCGCAACGUUUUGAGAUAUAUCAAACGAUACACAUGUUGGGAAAUAUAUGGGAGGAUAUAAAUUGAAUGCUGAUAGUAUGGCGUCCACGUUUUUAUAUGGUGACUUCCUUGCUCAUUUGAUGCAAAAACUAAGCCACUAGAUGAUGCCGAUAGUCGUUCGGGCGACUGCUGGGCUAUCAUUCAUCAUGAACUUCAUGGAGAGGGCCAAUUGCUUCACUGAAUGAAAGAGGUUGCUCCAGGUUGUCGCGCCAACCAUGGGCAAGAAGUGAAGAGAAGACAGACAAACACUUCAGAGAAUCAAGCAGCCGCAAUUUUGAUAGACAUGCAGAAACCUUACGGCAUCUUGUGGAGCAUCGGCCGCGCAACUGUUCCA